AUGCCUGAUAAAGAUGAAGCGGUAAGAAAAAAAAAAGAGUCAAUCGUUGAUUUAUCACGAUUUAUAGAUAAAAAAGUGCGUGUCAAGUUUCAAGGAGGUCGGGAAGCUUCUGGAAUUUUGAAAGGUUAUGAUGCGUUGAUUAAUUUGGUGCUAGAUAAUGCUGUAGAAUAUGUCCGAGAUUCAGAAGACCCGCAGAAAAUAACAGAGGAAACGAGGCAGUUAGGUUUGAUUGUUGCUCGAGGAACUGCAAUAACGGUAGUAGCUCCAAACGAUGGUAUUGAGCAGAUAGCCAAUCCAUUUAUAUGA